CAAGCGACGAAUGAUUGUACUCAACUCGCUGUGAGCAGAAAUUACAACAGUUAGAGUCAUUAGUAAAGCAGUGCGUGUUAAAAUAUUAUAAAAGUUUGGACAAUGAACUCUCGACUGUGCUACUUGUUAUUCAGACCGAGAUUACUCAGAUCACGUGGUGCGGGAGUCCUGUCAGUACUCAAAACACAGCGUAUAGCCAGAGUUAGACAUGAGGAGUCGAGCAGCGCCUUCACUAACUCUACACUGAGGUCUGAUGUGGGACACGAUACAGGAUUAGGGUUGAGUUUCUGCAGGAGUUUCUCCACUGAAGCCGUCGGACAGCUGCAGUCCACGCACUAUCACCUAAUCUACACAUGCAAAGUUUGCUCCACUCGCUCCAUGAAGAAAAUCUCCAAGCUGGCCUAUCACAAGGGUGUCGUCAUAGUUACCUGUCCAGGGUGCAAGAACCAUCACGUCAUCGCUGAUAAUCUGAAGUGGUUCUCGGACCUGGAGGGGAAAAGAAACAUUGAGGAGAUUCUGGCUGCUAAAGGGGAAUCAGUGCGAAGAGUUGAAGGAAACGAGGCUUUGGAGAUUGUUAAUGAAGAAUCAAUAAAAGAAGAAUCCAGAAAUAAUCCAGAUGAACAGAAACCAGCACAUCUGAGCGACGGUUCAGACAAAACAUGAUGAAUAUUUAUACUGACUGUCUGCUGCUGAAUAUCUUAUCAGGUCUAGUAAUUCCUUGCAUCAUAUUGUUAUAGUUUUUAUACAUUUGUUCUAUUAAAGCAUUGUAAAAUUAAAUAAAUCAUCACCUCAUGACUUUUGAAGCGUUCUCCGCCCCCUGGUGGUCACCGUAGCAGGUUACUCUUGAUUUUUUUUUCAGAAACCUUUGACUGAAAAACAGCUUAAUCGCUAACAUUUUUUUCCACAAAGAACCAAUAAAUACAAGCAAAACCACAAAAAGGAGAGGGUUAGAAGUUCUGAAAUGGACUAAAACAGCAGUAUUUUAAUCAUUACUCCAGUCUAAUGUAAUAUGAUCCUUCAAAAAUGAUUCCUCUGCCAGUUUCAUGGUCUAUUAUGAUAAAUUAUAUAUAGUGCUCAGUCUUAAAGAGCCCAUAUUAUGGGUUUUUGAAAAUGCCCCUCCAUGUAGUGUGUAACACAGCUCUAAGUGAAGUGAAAUAUCCAGCUAAGGCUUAAAUCUGUAAGUGUACAGUGUUUAAAACUAUUGAUUCAUCUAUAAAAGAGUCGACUCAUAGUGCUUCAAACGAGUCGUCUUCAUAACGAGUCAUUAGGUGUUUCGCGAUGACGCAGCCACGAAACACAAGCCUCGCCAGUAGUUACGCACGCAAACCAGGCCCACUAACACAGAAAAAACACUAGACACACACACACAGACGCCGCCGGUCGAAUGAAGUCACGCUGUGCUCAGAUGGAUAAUAUUGGCAGUCUCUACCCAAAGAUGAGUUGUUAACCUGGUACAGUACACGUGGUUACUCUUUAUAUUCUCUUAUCACAUGUAAGCCACGUUGAAAACGCGACGCGUGCCGCUUUGUUUACGGAUUUAACGUUAAAGGCUUUUGUGAGCUCGCGUUCCACUGCCGUUUGUCGUUGCUAUGGCGAUCGAUCAUAAGCUAGGAGACAGGAGACUCGUGUCACUUUCCCUAGUUCUUCUGAGGAGCGUUGUGUGUGUGUGUGUGUGAGAGAGAGAGAGAGAGAGAGAGAGAGACUCGCGUCGCUUUCCCUAGUUUUUCUGAGGAGCGUUGUGUGUGUGUGUGUGUGUGUGAGAGAAAGAGAGAGAGACUCGCGUCGCUUUCCCUAGUUCUUCUGAGGAGCGUUGUGUGUGUGUGUGUGUGUGUGUGAGAGAGAGAGAGAGAGAGAGAGAGACUCGCGUCGCUUUCCCUAGUUCUUCUGAGGAGCGUUGUGUGUGU